UGGCUGAAGACUUGUAUUGAUACUUCUGAUAAACAAAAACACAUGGAGUUGUGGUUUGAAUGGGAAGAAAAUAACGAGGAACACUUUUCCUUCGACGACAGUGAUCGUUUUGAAGAAGACUCACUCUGUUCUUGGGUUUCAGAGCCGGAAAGCAUUUGUGGCAACUGGCGAGGAUGGAAAAGAAAUUCCCAAAAUGUAGUCCAACCUGAUGGCGACGCGGAGCUCGGUGAAUCAGAAGUGGAACCUCUGCUUGAAAUAUGUGCUAGAAAAGUGGCUAAACAUCUACCUUUUGAAACCGUUGAACGGAUAUAUCCUCAAAUCCCUGAACAGCUACAGCUAAGGAUCGCUUUUUGGUCCUUCCCGCCUUUAGAGGAAGACAUUAGGCUUUAUUCGUGUCUAGCAAAUGGUUCCCCAGAUAAAUUCAAUGAAGGCGAACAGCUGUUGAAGGUUCAGGCGGUGAGAGACGCUUUGCAGAUUGGUAAGCGUAUUAAUAUAAAUGCGUGGGUUACAUUUUAUUUUAUUUACUUAAAAGGCACACGAAGCUCAAACCGACAAACGUAAAACAGGUUCCAUGCACAUACAAACACGAGCUGACACACAUUCAUCUUAUUUGGACAAAAAAUAGUUAGCUGUAUUGUGACUAUUUGCUCAACCUCUUUCAAAUGUAAACAGCCACGUUUUCCUAUGGAGAUAAAUUUGAGUUUUUUAAUAAGUUAGAAAUGAAAUAUCGCUACGUGAAGAGUUGGUGGUGGGUCAAAAAAUGGUGCAGGUUAUGAGUACUGAAUCGAUCAUUUCUCUAAAAGCGUAGGUUCAAAUCCUGGUCUAUCAACAAAGGAAAGAGUUGUUCUGUGAUGUUGUGGAGUAGACUGCUUUGCUUCUAUGCCAUAUUUGGUAAAUAGCCAGGUUGGGGAGGGGGAAGGGGGCAGACUUCCAUGUGAAUGUGAAGGGGAUGCUUGCCUCAUUAAGGGGUGUAGAUUGAUGAAUACGUGGGUGUCACUCAAGGUGUUCAGGACAAAAAUUGAUAUCAAUACUUUUACGGAUGUUAGAGAAUUUCUGGUUGAAAAUUAGGCCUUUUUGAGACUGACAACAGAAACGGAUACUUUUCUGGGAAGAUUAGUUAUCUACCUAAAUGCUCUCUUCAUCACCUUGUACUUAGUACUCAAUGCUCAAUAUUUCCUAACCCUCUUAAGGGUUAUUUUCGCAUAGGAUGAGGACCUGUUAGAAAAAAAUUUCAACAAGCAACAGAGUCUUGAAACAGUCACAUACAGCUGUAUAAAUAAACCAACAACUGCAGGGGUUUCAUUAAGGUUUUGAACAGGAGGGCGACAGGGUUUGACACCCAGGCAAAGAGCUGGCAAGGGUGAGAGGGCCUUGCUUCCUUAGAGGGGUCCGGGGGCAUGCUCCCCUGGAAAAUUUUGAACAAAUCACCAAACAAAUCACAACUUUCCUUGACAAUCAUGAUUUGAUUCGGAUAUCCACCACACAAAUUGGUUCUCUUUUAAUAGUUCAUAAUUAUUGAGACAUUUUAGAUGGCCUUUUAUGGAGCACUGUUCUUUUCACAAUGCAUUAUAGGGCGAUUCUUGUUUCAAAUGCAUAACAAACUACAUGUAGGGGAUUUCAUGCCGCGUGCUAUAAAGCAGAAAUUUGAUUGUGAAGUAUGUUUUACGUUUGAGAGGACUCAUCAAGAAAAGGAAACGAUUGUAACGUAAGACUGUUUUUUCUCGUUCCUUGUAUUAAAAAAGGUUCUUUGGGAUGAUAAGCAGCAAGGCAAAGUCGCAUUCACAGCCAGUCAAUAUGCGUAGUGACUGGCCCUUAAUGAAACCCCUGCAACUAUGCAGGUUAUAAAGUUUCCUUAAUUAAGUGCCCUGGCAUUUAUAAAUUGUUCACACUUGCUGGCCUGACUCUUUGUUUGAACCUGCAGUUAGCUGGGGACUCCAGGUUUGACCCUUUAAACCCUAAUAUCAAAAUUCAAAUUCUCAUUUGUCCAUGUACAUUUUUAAUAGAAGUAGUGGGGAGAAUUUGUUACAACAUCAAUUAGUUUAAUCUUUUGUGGUUAUGUCCUCUAUUUCCAUGAACACUCUCUUUUACGAGGCAUUGAAAUUGUAAGGAGAAAUUUCAAGCAGAUCACUCUCAGGCAUGAAAGGGAUGGCCAGUUAAUAGAAGUUGACUGUUUUUAUUACUGUUGUCAUUGUUAUGUGUACAUAAAAGUCCAGAAACAGAAGUUCCUCUUUUUUAUUAAUUUUACAGGUUUUCAUCUUAGUGCAACUGUUCACCAGCCUCAUUCCCCCUGCAAAAGUAAAGGAACGUUUAAUGUUGCCGUGACAUUUGACCGAGGCCGCAUCACAUCAUGCAAUUGUACUUGUGAAAAAGCUGCAACAUGGUGUGCGCAUGUUAUUGCUCUGUGUCUGUUCAGAAUACACUGCCCUAACCAUGUGUGUCUUAGAGCUCCUGUGUCUGAAUACUUAUCACGCUUAAGACGAGAUCAACUGCAGAAGUUUGCACAGUAUCUUAUCAGUGAGCUUCCUCAACAGGUACAUAAUUUAUUAAUUUAUAAUUGUUCAUAAUUUUUAAUUAUGAGUAUGAGAUCAAGUACCAUUUUCUGUUACAGACUCAGUGCCAGCUACUCAAAAGGUGGAAAGAGCUAUCCACUGGAUUGCUCACUAUCUACUUUAUAACAGAAUUCUUUUCCCUUAUACUUAUUCACUGGAUAGUGUCUAAUCCUAUGGAUAGCCCUAUUCAUGUUUUGAGCAACCGGGGCCAGCAGAUUAGGAGAAACAUAUAGUAUUAUUCAUUCAAAAUAUUGUGCCAUUCUAAGAAAGUAAAAUUAUUAACAAUGAGGCUGCUCCAGUUAUUAUUUGUUUUAUUAGACGUCCACAAUAAAAUGCAGCUCACUUGUUUCACGUUUUUUUUUUUAUUUCAUCUAGGCGAAAACUUUUGUUACUUGUUUGGCUUCCAAAUGCGGAUUUACCUUUUGAAAACUGUCUGCAAUAACUACAAAACAUAGCAUUUCUUUUGUAACAAAUCACAGUGUCCUCACUGGGAUUUAUUAAGCAAAAAGAAUGGUGCAUUCGAUGGAGACUCCAUCAAGAUUAGUGCAUUCCAUUCUUUGUUGCACCCAUUACUAUGAAGUCCUCAAGGACUUGUAAAACAUCUGAUAAUGAACACUUUUUUGGGCUAUCUAAUUCUUUCACCCCUAAUUUGCUGUUGCUUAAUCUGUCUUUGUGGAUUCCAAAAUUGAAAUAGUAGAGGAGGCUAAUUAUUUUUUACAACUGCACAAAGAAUCAACAGGCUAUAGCAGGCAGGAAAAAAAGCAUGGCGGUAAUAUGGAGCAAGUCUCACUGCAGUUCAUCAUGGACUACGUUUACUUACAUAAACUGCUGGUUAAAGCACAACAGGCUCACUCAGGCCAAAUCUUAAGUUCAUAGUCUAUUUUUAAUUCCCAUGUUUGUUUUACUUUUGUCUAACCUUUGAGCAUCAUGAACCUUUCCAAGGUAAAAAGCUGCCUCAGCAGAUUGGGUUGUCCAAGGGGCAACCACUCAGCACAAAAAUUAUUGGUUGCCUGAUUGAUAAUUUUGGUUGUCCAGAACAACCAGACAGCCAUUAAUUUCGAACCCUGAAAUCCUGCAGCUAAUUUUUCAUGUCCAUCAAGUGCUGACCGUAUCUGGAAGAUUUAGGCAAUAACCUAUCAAUCUGAUGGUAUAUCGAUAGCAGCCUCGUUGCCAGGCAAUAUCUGCUAGAGUUGUGCAUAACUUAAGAGUGCAGCAACCUACUAGCUGUUUAUGCCUGAGUGAACUAAAAGAAGAUGAUGUUCACGACUAUGGAAAGACGAAAUAGUGAAAUAUCUGACUAAAACUUGAAGGAAGAAAUGCUAUAAUCAAAAAUAUUGUUUGAUGGAUUUUACCUACUUGUCUUCUAUCUGCGAGCAAAAACAUCUCUUUAUGUCCUGAAAACAUGCGGAGAAACAGGUGAAUGUCUUGGAGGAGGUGUGGUUGUUAGGAACUUGGAUAUAUUUUGAAUGAAUAAAAAACAAUAAUUAUUGAAUUUGGCUUCUGUAUCAUGUGAAGAAUUAUGCAGAUCUUAGAAGCUGUUAUUCACAGAGGCCAAUAUCCUCCUUUACCUGUUACAGAAGCCAGCCAGUAAUCUUGUUUUUUUUAUACAAUAUUCCAUGUAUCUCUUUAAUUUUUUCAUACUUUUUCAUGGCAAAGUAACAAUUGAAAAUGAUCUAACAGCCACUGUCAUUUUCUUGAACAGCUACUUCCCACUGCCCAAAGGCUACUAGAUGAGCUUCUUUCAUCACAAGAGUCCAUGAUCAACACUGUGUCAGGAGCCCCAGGUGAGUUGGAAGAAAUUGUUGCCCAUAUUGAUGAGUUAAAUACUGGUAUACAAUCAAAGCUCUCUCAAUGGACACUCAAGUAAUGAGCUUAACAUAUGGUCACCUUGACAAAACAUGGUUUGAACUCCCUGCUUAGCAAGCAGUCUUAUUUAUUGGCCAGCUUUGGUUGCUAACACUCAUUCUACACUUAGUCGUGAGGGUGUCUGCCUAAGCCACAAAAUACUUGAGACACUGUACCUUGUUUGCGCUUACUUGGCCUUUCCAUGAUCUAGUGCUUGUGAUCCCCCCCUCCCCUUCCUCCCCAUUUUCAAAGUUGUCUGCACUAUGAGACCAUGCUAAUUAAUGUGGAGGAACAACUUUGAAUUGAUGAGAGAGAGGGGGUGAGUUUUAUAUCUCACAGUUGUGUCACUAGCAGCAAUUUUUUUUUUCGCUAGAGUGUCUCAACUUUUUUUGCAACUGGUUGCAGCUUUGACUAUAUUACUGCCAUUGAACCAACACUGCUCACUGCUUGUUAAGACAUAUUUAGUAAAUCUAAAAAAGCAGCUUAGCAGCAGCUUCAAACCCUUUCUCUCAGUGUAGAUCUAUUCAGUCUUUCAAUAGUUCUAAGAAGACAUUUCACAAGGAAGUGGUUACAGUACUGGGAUACAACAUCAUGUUUUGAUCCAAACCACUGCCUAUUUUGUUGUGAUUUUCACUGACAUGUUUACAUGUGUUGCCCUUGACCCAUUGACAGGAGUGCUGCCAUACAAGACUACACUGCUUUAACUCAUUGCAACUUUCUCAAUCACAUAAACAUUAGGAGUGGUGAAUGGUAAAAUCCGAGACUCGCCGAGACGCUGAGACCCUAGAUAGAAAUCCGAGCCCAAGACUCUUUGGUAAAAAGUUUCAAGACUCAAAAAAAGUAAAAACAAACCAUGCAAAAACGAGACCAGUUACCAUAUCUAGAGAGCAUGGUAUAAUGGCUCAUAUACCAUGCUGGCUAAGCCAAUCAGAGCUCUAGAUUUGCAUUAUCCAAUGAUUCAGUUUUUAAUAAUUAUGCUUAUGUCAUGGCCGUCCCCAUAAGCUCAUGGUUUUGCUUAUACUUUAUGCUUGUGCUUACAUUGCUAGUGAGGACUGCCCUUUUGGUUUUGGCACACAACUUAUAUGCUGGAAUCCUUGGACUUCAUGAGCUCGGGGCAUUCAGGCUCAUUACUGUUCCUCUUAGAGCACAGACUUGUGCCUUCUUCAAAAGCUUAUAACAAAAACCCUGCCUACAUUUUUAGGAGAAAAUACACCUUUAGAUCUAAUUGCUUUGAAAAACCUCAUCUUUGUUUUACCCGAUUUAAAAGCUCCCAUUUAGUAUUUUAGUUGAUUACUCUUUGUAUUCUUUUAGUGAAUUAUUUUGAUUUCCCUCUCACAGUCAAGCCAGGUCAAGCAUACCCUUCCAAGAUUCCAUUAAUGAAUUCAGUAUUCAAAAGUUGAAUCCAUUGGUAGUUGUAGAUUUCAGACUGAUCUAGAUGCAUUCUUGCUUGCAUAAAUUUCUACUAGCUCAGUUUUCCUGAAUUUGAUGUAAAUGUCUUCUAAGAAAUUUAAUUCAUUCAAAGAUUUUCAAUCUCACCAAAUACAGAGAAGUUCUCAAUGAAACAUUCCCUACUCAUACAUGCAGGGAGCUGAUUUGAAUUUGACACUAGUUACAGGAAUGACCAACAGAUUCAUUUUUCAAAUAAUCAAUUGAUUAAAAGAAUCUUAGGGGUACACUUUAGCUGCCUUGACUGUAAAUGUUGUAAUAAAAACAAUAUUUUACCCUUUGCAUGAAUUGUUUUGAAUUCCACAACAUCCAUUGAGUUUUUGCUCUGUUAGAUCCCACUGCUGGGCCAUCAGCUACUGAUUAUUCUAAAUGGUGCCUGGAUGAGGGUUCCCUCCAUGAAAACAUUAAGAAGAUGCUGAUUAGAUUCUGUGGUCCAAGUCCUUUGGUGUUUAGUGAUGUCAAUGCUCUGUAUUUAGCCAACACUGCUCCUCCAACAGCAGCUGAGUGGUAAGAUUAAUACUAAGUACAGUUAAAUACUGCUGUUAUAAUAUUCUACUCCAAUACUGAUGCACUGUUAAAUUAACAUGGGAGCAAGGGUGGCUCAUUGAGGUGAGCACUCGCCACCCACCAAUGUGGCCCGGGUUCAAUUCCUGCGCGUCAACACCAUAUGCAGGUAAAGUUCUUCGGCCUCUCUUCAAAAACCAACAUUUCCAAAAUGUAAUUCCAGUUUGACCAGGAAUGGUAGAUGAAGAUCAACUUUAUUUGUUUCAUUUUAUUAACAAUGAGGAGGGUAAAGAGAAGGGUUUAAUCUGCAAGGAAUUCCCAAGUGGUUUUGAAACUUUUUGGUACAACAACAACUGUGUUAAAAAGGUAACUGAACUUGAAAUAAUGUUUUUUCCGUUAUCAGCUACUCUUAAAAUUUUCAAUUAUUCGUUUAGUGCUUUCAAUAAGCAUCAUUGGCUAACAAAAAGCUUUGCAUUCUCCUUUCAGAGAAGUUGACCAUUUUUUCCUUUUACUGAAGUAAUUAAAACGAGAUUCUUUCCAACAUUCUUCACAAAGUCAGUUACUGCACUCAAGCUAGCGGCAUCUUCAAACAUAAUGAAACCCCUAACAUUUGCUCCUCUCUUUGUAGACACAUUUCUUGAGCUUUACUUAGCUUUAAAUACCCAUUAAACAAGCACUGAUGGAGAGAGGGGAUAAAAUGAUCACACGAUUGGCCUCAGAUUUGUCAGUCUAAUGUGUAGUGUUAUUAAGUAAUGACGUAAAAUAAGGACCUUUGCAACAUUGUAACUUUAUCAUUUUUUUGUCCACAAACUGCAAAAGUGUGACUUCUUUUAUUUACAACAGGUCAAAUUUGCUGAGACCAUUACGAGGACGAGAGCCUGAGGGAAUGUGGAACCUUCUCUCUAUUGUACGUGAACUCUUCCACAGAGGUGAUAUGAAUGCUGUUAACCUGUUGGUCAUUCUAACAGAAGAAUGUCUAGCCAAUGAUCAAGUACUGGUAUGGUGGUUUGAUAGUCGGAGCCAGUUGUCAGGCAAUUCAUCCUCACACAGUCAUGGCAACAGAGGAAAUACAAAUGCAGCAAGCACUGAAGCCACUAAGCAUGCUUGUGCAGGAUUCUGUGAUGAGCUGGUGUCCCUGUGGAGGCUGGCUGUAUUGAAUCCUAAGUUAUCAGAUGAAGAGAGAGAGGAGAUCAAAGUUCAGUUGCUGGAGUGGCAUCAGAAAGUGAUUGAGAAAGGACCUGCAGGUGAAAAUGAGCAAUAGUCAAACCUCCUGUAAGCAACCACCUAAAAGUCAAAGAUUUGUGCGCACGAGAAUCAAGGAGCAGGGGGUCUCUUCCGAGAAGGGGUCCUGACACAUCUGAUUUUUGGAUGAUAUUUAUCGCAUGCAAUUUCUGAGUUACGUAUUUUAACAAAAGAAAACGUUCUCCGUGUUUGCAUAGCCUGAUAUAAACAUGAGAGGGGUUGGGAGAAUUCGAGACAGUUAUGCAAACCCAGUACUGUCGAGAAUUCUCCCAAACCCUUGAGUGUUUAUAUCAGGCCAUGCAAUUACAGGAAAGAAGUUUUUUUAUUGCUUUUAUAAAUUAACUUUCCUGGGAAAAAACGCAAAUUCUUUGUUAUGGCACUGAUUAAAAGAGAAAUUCAGAACAGUUGACGUACUAAAAUGCAAUGAUUUUUAAGUUAUGUAUAAAAUAGUUCCAUGUUGUCAUUGAAAGUUCUUGUCAUACUAGGGGCGGCAUUGUACAUUCAGUGAACAGAGACCUCAUCAUGUGUCAAGUGGUUGCUUACAAGAAGUUAAAAGCAAUGGGAAAUGAUAAAACCAUCAGGCCAAUAAAGUGGUCACAGUUGCCUAUAAGAGGUGGCUGUUUACAAGAGGUUUUUAUUAUAAGGAUUUGCCUGGAAAAUUUAGGUGGUUGCUUGUGAUAUAAUUAUGGUUGCUUGUCAAAGGUGGCCGUUUAUUAGAGGUGAUCCCAUGUUGAGGUUUGACUGUUUUUCUGAAAAUAUUUAUACAUGCAGUUAUGUCUUAUAGGUAGAGUUAGACAUGAUCCUGUACCUGCUAGCCGGCAAAAACAGACAUAUUUCUAGUGAAGAGAAGCGAAGGCCAGAAAUAUGUCUGCGUUUGCAGGCUAUUUAGGAGAAGGACCAGCGUGAAAAAAAAUAUAUACCCCCUACAAUGUCUCUCUGCUACCCUACAGCACUAUGAUGUUAUAUUUCACAUGCUUGCUCUGUGUAUAAAAUUUCUGUAAUAUUAAACGCUUUAUAUUUUUUCCAGGGAGAGGUGGUGGUCAUACAAUCCCUCAGUCAAUGAUGUCUUGUUUUCCUGGUUUCUUACCUGCAAUAGAGGCAUGUGCCCUCAACUGGAAGAACAUUGACCUUGGUAUUGCUCUGGAAGAGACUGAUUCUCAAGUUUCACAUCCUCUCACUCUUCCUUGUGCAAGAAUCUAUGCUCCAUGCUCAGACAAAGAUCCAGAGAGUGAACAACAACAGUCAAUCACUACUGUCACGGAUCUUGUUACAGGAAAAGAGUGCGUAGCAUGUGUUUAUGAUGGUAAUAGAACUAAGUGGAGUCCAAUUUGGUCAGAAAUCAUACAAGUCAUUAACAAAAUCAAAUGGCCGCAUAGCAGGAGUCUGAUUUGUUUAAUCACAAGUAUGUCAGAUUACAGACCGAUUUGGAGAACACAAAGUUCUGUUACCAAUUAAUCAUAACUAUAGCAAAAUUUGAGAUAAUUAUUUAAUUAAUUAUCUAUAUUAAUUAUUAAUUUAGAAAACAUAGGAUAUUCCGAGAGUUUUUUUUUUUGCUGGAAGUAAGAUUAGAAACCCAUUCAAGUGUGCGCGAUGGUGUGUACCGUCCAGUUACUUAGGUAUCAUGUGUCCCGUCCUAAAAUCAGGACAGCUGAUAGCCAGUCAGAUUUGAGAGUUUUGGUUUAGUUAUGGUUAGUGUAGAAAUGGUGUCCUUAUUUCAUCUGCUAACAGAAGGAAUUUUAUGACAUGGUAAUGUACAUAAUAAGAUAAAACAGUAAACCAUUGAGGCUUCAAAGACUACACAGGAUGCCCAAGGUAGUGCAUUUUAAAGAAUACUCGUGUCUUCUAUGACUUUGUAAUUCUAAACGUUGCAAUAUAUUUUAAAUUCCUUGCUUAAUAUGGAAAGAUAUUGAAGUCUAAACUUAUUAAUAAUCACAGGAGUUCAGGCUUCAGGAGUAAUCAUUGAUCGUUUAUUGCGACAGUGCUGUUUCGUAUGGUCCGAAAUUGUAGGACCACACUCAUCAGGCAACUUCAACGAUUGACCGUUAAAAUUAAAAGCUGGCAGUUUAAGAGAUAGUAUCUAGGUAACAGAUGGAUUGUGUCUUAGUUACGUUACUCUAGAGUUCUGAAGUACAUAUCUGUUUCUGUGGGGGCAUGAACUCGCUAGUUCGUUUCGCCUGUUUAGGCUACAAAGCUCUAAACUUAUAUAUAUUUCCAUACUGGGUUUGGAUGUGAUUUGUGGUAUGACAUUAUUUAGUGGAUGAUUUGAUCGUCCCUCUGACCCAGUUGUUCAAAAGAUAAAUGAUGCUAUUCACCAGAUAAGCCAUUAUCCAGUGACGAAGUUUUGGGGAAACAAUGUGCGCUAUCUAGUGGAUAGAGAUUUUCUGAUGGAUGGCGUUAACUACCUUUAAAACAACUGGGGCCUGUUGGUUUAGAGAGCCGCGCUAAAUUUCAUUUGGUAUUCUUUUGUGUGGAUCCUAAUUUGUUUUCAGCGACCAAAACAACCAGACUGUAAAUGAAGAAAACCCAAGCAGUGCUUGGGAAAGUGACUGCCGUCCCAUCCCAGUCCAAGACAUUGACGAUGACCUUGAGGUUUUGUGCGCUCGAACAGAAGCUCUUCACGUUCAUGGUUACCACACAGUUGCUGGAAAACUUGCUGUGAAACUGGCUGAUAACUUUUUGAGUUAUGGUACAAAAUUAAAUUUGUCCUCUCACUGUAAUGGUUCAAAAAGCAAGAACAAAUUUCUAGGAGCUACAUCACUCGCAAGUACAAUAUUGGUGAAGGCAGCCUUUCUUUGUCGCGUGCUUGAAGAUGACCUGCAGUUCCAUCAUUUGGCCUUUAGAGUUGGUAUGUUGGGUCUAGAGAUCCCACGUCAACCAGCAAGGAGUAAAGCUUUAGAGGUAAAAACAUCGCUUGAGAUACUGUAGACUUUCCCUGUUACUGAGUGCUGUGCCUUUAGGCCAUAUCCAUGUUUAUUAUAUGGCUGAAUCCUCUAGCCAGCGAGAUAAAGCGAAUGCUAUGGUUUGAUUGGCUACCCAAGAAGGUACGAUGGGCAUCUUGUCAGCUGAGGAUUUUCCGCUUUAGCCCAGUUAGAAAAAGUUUGACCCUGUUGUAAAUCUUUCACUGACUCAGCUUGUUCGAUCAUUGAAGAUGGCUGAACAUUAGCCUCGUCCAAUAUCCAACCUUGACCGAACAAGCUUGGUCAAUAGCGUAGCUAUAUAUAAUGUCUAACGGACCAUUCAUUUUUUUUGUAAAAGAUUCCAAACCGGAAAGGAUCUAUUACAUUAAAUCUAGCUAGGGUUCAUGAUCCAUGUGUUUCCUUUAGACGGCAAGAGCUCCCAACGUUUCACCGUCUUGCGCUGAAAUUCCUCUAAACAGCAGCAACAAGGCUUGAGACAGUAAUUAUUCACUUAAGUUGCAAAACGGGUUUAUUGCAGAAGUGUCUCAACUGUUUUGCAAGUGUUUGUGGACUUUGUUAACUGAAUCAAAAGGUCAUUGUUUUUUGUCAAGAAAUCUUUAUGCUGGCUAUAAACCCUUGACAACCUUUCUUGUUCACGUUUCAGGUGAAACUUUCAUAUCAAGAAACUGAACUUGUUACCUUGCUAAAGAGACUUCCCCUUGCACACGCUGAACUAGCUAUUAUUCGAGAGAAGGCAGAGCUAUUACAGCAAGGUCAGCUGAAACGAGGAGACGCCGUUCUUCCCAUCAUGUUGGCUACGUUUAUCUUUGAAGUUUUGUGCCCAAAGAAUGGUGGCUCACAAGCAAAGCGGCAGGCCACAGUGAAGCUGUGCGAGACAACCGAGGAAGAUGAAGAGCUGGGAUUCCAAGCUACUCUCUUUGUUUUAGGUACAGCACAGUUUACAUGGAACUUAGCCUGCGAAAACAGCCGUUUCUCCUCGCUCUUCGCCGCUUGGGAUGUUUCGUUUUUCUCCUGGCGAAACGUCCCAAGCGGCGAGGAGCGAGGAAAGACGGCUGUUUUUCGCAGACUAAUGGACUUCCUGGAACUGAGAUUUUCUUUUCUCUACUUGUAAAACUCUUAACCUGCAUCAAUGCUUGUGAGAAAACUUGUGAGGAAAUUUUCCUUUCUUUCACAGAUAAAUAAGAAGCCUUGUUUAAUAGAUCAAUUUAUCCCAUAAAGAUUGUUUCUAAUUCCUUUUAUUUAGAUUUCUUUAUACAUGCAUUAUUAUUAUUGCAUCUCGGUUCAUAAAAUCGACAGAACGAAGGAAGCCAAUAUUUAGCCAUUUUGACCCAGUCAAGAAAGGAUAUACCAAGUUAAUGUGUUCUAACGGCAACAAAGUGAGCAAUGCCGAAUGGGCCAGUAUGUCCACCUAGUCUCCUCGGAUGAACAAUAAGAACACAAUAUUCACCACAUUGCCCUAUCAAGUCCAGGGAUAGUUUCAUCAAUCAGUGCGUUAAUGGGAUAAAUAAACGUCCGUGAAAAGUUUCGUUCUUUAGGUAAGAGGGCCACGUAGCUCUGGAACAAUAGCUUAUUGCUGCACUAAUACUUGCGAGUUUCCGUCAGUAAUCUAAAAGUUCACUGUACGUUUGCUUGCAGAAAUCCCAGUGGUUAUUAGACUAUAUUUAACGUUUGCUAAUGGAAGCUUCUUCCUUUCCUAGGAAUGAAAGGCAAUGCUUUAGAGACCCAGUACCCCAUGUUAUGUGAAGGUAUAAGGCGACAGAGAGGAGACUUGGCCCAAGCUCUUCUUCUUCACAGUCGCGAUAACAGUGCACGGAUUCGCCAAAUUAUGGAUGUUCUGUUGGACAAGAGUCGAUAUGAAUUACCUUGCGCUGCUGGUGGGUCCCAGAAGAAAAAGAAAAUGGAGAGAAGCGAUUCUCAAGAAAACAAGAGUGAGGAUAGUGAGGCUUCAGGCAACAGUGCUAGCAAGACGAGAGACAUCUUAGGGGUACCUACUCGCAGAGGAAGGUAAAUCCAUUCCCCACCCACCCUUACUAGUUUAACUCAUUUCAUCAUAUUUGUCUGUGCUCAAUUGUCAAAGUGUUGGCCGCCAACGAGUCUUCUCAAAGUCAUGCAGAGAACCAGAAAAUGACUGGGAUACUGUUCAAACUCUCUCCUUUCAGUUACUAACCCGCGAGGCAUUUUUCAUUUCAGUAGUGUUAGUUCUUGUAAAUUUGCUGCUUGUGCUUUAAGUUGGUGGCCUAUCUCACUGGUAACCAAUCUCAGCUAGAGGAAGAAUUCUUUAGGCUAUGUUUCAUGCUCGCCGAUACAGACUUUUUGGAGGAGGGACGACGGCUCUUCUGCGAAACGUUUCUAGCGAUAAGAAGCGUUGAGAGAUGGCUGUAUUCACAGGCUACCCUCAAGAUCACAUUCUCAGAGGAAUUUCCAAUUUUAAAACCCUAAAAAACAGCAUUUAUAGUACUUUAGCAAAGUACUACUAGAAAAGUUUCGUUUAGACUCUUAACGGUCCCCUGUUUUUGCCGUAAGUGGCUUAUUGAAUCGGGCGGCCUGUUGGGCCAUCUCCGAGAGACAUUGUUUCGAAUGGUUGCAACAUUGUUCUAACAUUGCAACGCUAUGUUGGGCUGAAAAUCGUCGUUACGAAUCGUCUUGUGUGACAUCACAUAAAGGUAGAAUUGAUACUCUCCCCCAGGUUACUCUUCAAAGGGCUAUGUCACGUUAUUUUCUUUCUUUGAAUUCCAAAUUUAAAAAUUUAUUUAGGAAAUGAAACUGUUUCCUGUCGUCUGUUACAAUGGAUGACAAGGAUGGACAUGAAUUGAAACUUCAAGAAAUUAGGCCAGCUUUUUCAAGUUUUAAUGCUAUACCUGCAAAGAUAAAAGAAUAUAAUUAUGGUGGUUAGUGUUCCCCUAUGAAAUUUGUAAGAUACUUCACAAUUCUACGGGAGCAAGUAAUGACGUUAACACAGGAUUAAGCUAAAGCAGCAAUAUCCUUCUGACAUGAAUAUCAAAAUAAAAUAUCCAACCAAGGUGGUCGCCCGUUCAUGGUAUGCGCUCGACGUCGAGCGCAUGCAAUAAAUACUUAAUUCAUUCAUUCGCUGAACGAAUGGAAAGCCUCCUCCUAUUAAAAGAAACGCGUUUGUCUCUUUCAUAUUUUUCAGCAAUGGUCAGAGUUCUUCCAGUACCAGUGAUAGCGGUACAGACAGCAGUAAGGACAAAGCCAAGCCAGCUCGUGUAGGGCCCGGAAAACCUGCCAGGCUGACUGCUUCCAUGGAUGAUGAGAGCGGGAGUUCAAGCGGAGUGGAUACAGAUUCUGUUCCAGUGUGCAGCGAGUAUGAAACUCCCGCUGCUGUAAGGAUAGUCCAAGUUAAUAAGGCUGAUCAUCCAAGAAGCGGAGUAUCUACUGACAAGAGCAUUCCAUGCUCUGAUAAAAUCCUUAGCAAGUCGUCCUGUACGCCUGUGUCAACGCAGGGUGUCUCAUGUAGCGUGGAUGGCCUUGACGAAAGAAAUCAAGUUGCUUCUGAGACGACUGAGGAUUUCCCAGUCCGUGAAUCGGAAGAACUCUGCGGCUUAUCUCUUUUAAAGCAAAAAGCCUCAAAUUCAGAUUUAUGUACUUCACCUAGUCAAGGCAAGCUUGACCGUCUCACUUCCGACGGUGCUUCUCAGCGUCCUGACAGAGAGGCAGUUGAAGAUAUUCCCCAAGUGUCUGACGUAGCUGAACAUGUAACACAAGUAGACAAUCUAUCUCAACGUGUUUCGUCACUUUUGUCAUCAGAACAAGACGAUCCAAAUGCUCUUACGCUUUGUGUGGCUGAUGGACAUGUAAGUGCGUUCUCUCUGGAUCAAACUUCCGGUGUUAGCAGCUCGAUUGGCAGCAACCCACGGCCUGAAGGGCCAAAAUGCUCGUCGAAUGAGGGAGUGUCUGGUCAUCCAAGCAAAGUAUUGUCUAGCCAGUAUCAUUCAUCUGAGGGUGAUGUUUCAGACAUCGAAGCAGACUUUGAAGAAUCUCAGCCGAGCCCUCCGCAGUGUGCUGUGUCCAAAGCCUUUGAGUCAGGCAGUAGUUUAUUGAACAACAAUGGCUGCUCAGCCUCAGAUGAGAAUCCUUCUUCAACAUCCUUAGCCGCCACCGCUGCCGUAUUUGAUGAAGACGAAAUUUCGGAAUCUGCGAGUGUUGGCGUUGGAACUGACCAAGAACAAUCCACACAGCCUGAUGUUGAAGGAGCUGCAGCUGUUGUAGCGCGUUUGGAAACGGCAGAGGAACAGUCUAGUGAAUCAGGUGCCAGAGGAAGCGCUAGCGCCAGUGCUGAUGAUACUGACAGGAGCCGCCGCCGCAAUAGGCCUCGCGGUCGUAGGAGAAGAAGAGGCAAAUCUGCCCUCUAUCAAGCCACCGAGGCUGAGGCACAUUUUAUGUUUGAACUUGCCAAGACAGUACUAAAUAAAGCAGGGGGGAACAAUAGCACAUCUGUUUUCACGCAGUCAACAAGCAGUGAAACUCAUUCCGGCCCUCACAGAGUACUGCAGCUAUGCGCGUUUGAAAUUGGCCUGUUUGCCUUAGGACUUCAUAACCGGACAUCUCCAAACUGGCUGUCACGAACGUACUCAUCACACGUAUCGUGGAUUUCAGGGCAAGCUAUGGAAAUUGGCCAUCAAGCCAUAACGAUUCUCUUGGAACGAUGGGAGGGCAAUUUGACACCGUCGGAGGUCGCGUCUAUUGCUGACCGGGCGUCGAAGUCUAAUGACCGUGCUAUGGUGCGUGCAGCAGCUGAACUCGGUCUGUCAUGCCUCCACAUGGCUACUACUCUGAAUCCAGUGGAGAUUCAACGCGUUCUGUCUCAGUGUAGAGAUGAAGAUUCACAGUUAUUGGAUCAAGCGUGCCAAGCUGUUGAGAGCGCUGCCCGGGGCGGAGGAGUGUACCCUGAAGUUCUCUUUGAUGUCGCUAAACACUGGUUCUAUCUUCACGAGAAAAACCAGACGAGUAGCACAAACUCAUCGCCGAGGCCUGCGAAAAGCGAAUCAAGAAGUAGGGGUUCGAUGAUGCGCUCAUGUCAGUCAGCGUCAUCGACAAGCCAGUCUCCGCCUGUGAGCCCCUUUGCGCCACAGUUCACCGUAUCCCCCACCUUCCCAUCGAUUCCUCCGCCUCUGUAUACCACGCCCGAACAAUACGUCCAACAGCAAAUGCAUCAGCAGGUCCACCAAAUGAUGGGGCAUUAUCCAGCUUAUUUAUCAGCAAAUAACGCGGGAUACCGCUCCGGUUCACAGUCUCAUUAUGCCUACCCAUUUUCGAGAAGUUUAUCGGGAACACAGUUUUCAUUGACCGGAGCCUAUGCUGGCCUUACUCCAUGCCCUUAUCAAGCGGCAAACUUGACUACGAAUUCCAGCCAGCAUCUCAAUCGAACAACAUCAGGGCAGCCAGGUACACAGGUUUCAUUUUACCUAAACAGCGCCUACAGGGUAGGAAUGCUGGCGCUGGAGUUCUUAUCAAGACGCUCCUCAGACGAUCGGCCAAACGUGAAGUUUUCUCGUAACCCCAGCUGCAGCGAGGACAUCAGAUGGCUUUGCACUCUCUCGGCGAAGCUAGGUACCUCGCAUCUUCAGAGGUUCUGCGUGGCCGCCUUAAACGCUGUAGUCAGCCCAUUUGUCCUUCAUGACCUUGCGUUGGAGGCCGCAAGGCAUAUGGCGCGAUCAAACCCUGCUCAAUUGGCCGUUAAUCUGCGCUCACCGACCAUCAGCCCCUUAGUGCAGAAGAGCUUGACUAUGUACGCUCAGUGCAUCCAUUAUAACCUGAUCAACAUCUCGCAAAACGAUUAUGAUGAGUUUGUGGAGCUGCUCCGACAUGCGCGCGGUGCGUUCUGCAUGGCACCGGGAGGCAUGACACAGUUCAAUGAACUUUUGCAGAGUAUUCGAUGGGGACAUUCUAAGAAAAAAGAACUUUGGCAAAUGAUCAUGACUGGAUUAGCUAAAGCUUAGAAUGGGAGCAUUGUUGUCAGUCGUUUUAUAGGAAUGACUUGGAAAAGCGAUGUAGUAGUUGUGCUAAUAAUAUAUUUAAGGCGCUUAAAAAUGUGACU